AUGGACGACAUAUCUACCGGCUCAGAGUCCGACUAUGCCAAUACCUGGACAUCCUGGUUUCUCGCCACAAAAGGCAACGAAUACUUUUGUGAAGUCGACGACGACUAUAUUCUCGAUCGGUUCAAUCUGACCGGUCUCAACGCCGAAGUCCAUCACUACGCUCAAGCACUCGAUCUCAUCACAGACGCUGCAGACGAGACAGAGAUUGAAGAACAGAAUGAUGAGAUGCGAGAAGCGAUAGAGACUUCUGCGAGACAUCUCUACGGUCUAAUCCAUGCCCGCUUCAUCAUCACCAGCAGAGGUCUCAACAAGAUGGUCGACAAGUACAAGAAAGCGGAUUUUGGUCGAUGUCCCCGUGUGCUGUGCUACGCACAGGCACUCCUGCCUGUCGGGUUGUCAGACGUGCCCUAUCAGAAAGCAGUCAAGCUCUACUGUCCUCGAUGUGAAGACAUCUACUCGCCCAAGUCCUCUCGACAUGGUGCCAUAGACGGAGCCUACUUCGGCUCGACCUUUCCCCACAUGCUCUUCAUGGUCCUGCCGCACCUCGUACCUAGCAAGACUGUCUCGCCCGGCAUGACGCCAGGGCAAGGUCCAGCGAUCCAGCAGACUGCGGGACAGACUGGAGGUGCAAACGCUUCCCUCAAAGCCGAACGGUACAAACCUCGUGUGUUCGGCUUCAGGGUCUACGAGAUUGCGCGGCUGCACAGAUGGCAGCAGGCAAUAAGAGACAAGCAGAUAGACCGUCUAGAGAUGAUCGAGAACGAUGGCGGUCUGCAUGCGUGA